CUCUCCACGUUCUUAUGGCUUGUCCUCUGGCUACUCGGCGCUGUCGUCUUCCAACAUACUGAGCAGACAUACCAGGGUUGGUCAUACUUUGAUGCAUUCUACUUUUGCUUCGAGGCGUGGACCACUAUCGGAUAUGGAGAUCUCACGCCAGUGUCUAAUGCAGGGAAAUCGUUCUAUGUCUUUUGGUCUCUUUUGUCUCUGCCUAUCAUGACGGUGCUUAUCUCCAAUGCCAGCGACACCGUGGUCAGAAUCAUUCGGGAUGUCACUAUAUUGAUUGGGAAUGUUACUAUUCUGCCAAAUGAUCGACCUUUCCUACGGAAUUUGAAAGGUUUGAUUAACAAAGUCACAUUUGGAAAAGUCUUCUCCAGCCAAGUCUCCGAGCCUCUAAUCCCCGCAGUGUGCGGUGGGAGUUUACAGAAGGGGAAUAUAGAAAGAUCCUAUGGUAACUCCCGUCAUGAUCGACUAUUCACGAUUGCCGGAAAUGAUACUACGCUUCCGUCCCGACCACUAGGAACUAGACUGUCAUCGACGUCUACACCAGAUCUAGGGUGUCAUGCCCAGAAUCUCUUCACCAUGAUAGACGCCCAGGCACUUUUGCUUUCCGAAAUCCAGAAUGUUACAAUUCAUCUUCAAGAGUCUCGACCACAUCAGUAUACAUUUGAACAAUGGGCAUGGUAUCUGAAAAUUCUUGGCGAAGAUGAAAGCAGCCCAGAAACACAUUGCAGUGCAAAUCUUCAGAGCAAGCGACCAAUGGGCAUACACAAUGGUUCCGAUGAUGGCCUCAAGUGGUCGUGGAUUGUCUGA